UACUGAACAUCACUAAUUCAAUAGCGCCUCAGCCGGAAUGGCGAUGUAAUUUUUCGUCAAUAAUUUUCACAAGUUCGCUGCAAACAGCAUCAGACAGUUUGUGCACCAAUUUGGUGGCUUCCAACUCGUCUGUCCACUGCUUGGAGACCCGUGCGUGUGUGUGCGUGUGCUUGAGCCUACGUGCGUGUGUGUGCGAUGGCCUCAGCCGAACAGCUCGUUGCAGCCGCCUUACAGGGUGCCGCCAAUCCCAACCACGAAAUUGUGCAAAAAGCCGAAGCACAGCUAAGCGAAUGGGAGCAACAGCCGGGCUUCUUUCCCAUAUUGGCGCGUCUCUGCAUGAAGUUGCAGGGCGAUGGCGAUGCGGCCGCCGCCGCAGCAGCAGCUGCUGCCACGCUCAGCGAUGCCGUCAAGAUACGCUGGAUGGCGGCCGUUUAUCUAAAGAAUGGCAUCGAACGCUAUUGGCGUCACAAUUCCCGCCUGGAGCUGGCGACGGAGCAGAAACAGCAAAUACGCGACAUCCUGCUGCAGCACUACAGUGCAGAGGAUGUGCCCCAAGUGGCGCUGCAGGUGGCGGUGCUGCUGAGCAAAAUCGCACGCAUCGACUGCUGGCCGGAACUGUUGCCCACGCUGAUGAAGCAGCUGCAGUCGUGCAGCGCUGCCGGCAGUGAGGCGCCCGCACAGCAGCAGCGUACGCUGCUCGUGCUGCACUAUGUCAUCAAGGCGCUGGCCUCGCGCCGCCUGCUCGCAGAGAAGCGCGCCUUCGAGGAGCUGGCCGCACAAAUCUUCAGCUUCAUGGCCUGGAACAUUUGGGCGCCGCUCACCACACGCUUCCUGCAGCUGCAGAAGACUGAGCCGGCGGCGCACAGUUGCCUGCAGCGCGCCCAUAUAGCCAUGCGUUCGCUGCGCAAGCUGCUCGUCUACGGAUGUGGUAGCAAGCCGUACAAGUCGAACGAUCACAUGAAUUUCAUCGAGCAGCUGUUUGGGCGGCUGCGCCAGUGCCUUGAGCUGCGCUAUGAACUGAGAAUGCGCACACAGGAGGCGGGUGGCAAUCAGCAGCAGCAGCAGCUGAUUGACGAUCUGGAGCGUUUCAUACUGAAAAUGAUGAAGACCCUAAAUGAGUUUAUGGACCGGCAUUCGUUGUCCUUUGCACGCUUCGUGCCGAUGGCCUUGGAGUUUAGCUUUCACUAUGUGUUCCACGAGGGCACCGCCCUGAUUUUUGAUGCUGGCGAGCGCAUCAAUUUCAGCAACUUCGUCAUCCAGGCGAUCAAUCUGCUCAAGGGCAUCAUGAUGAGCGGCAACGAUAGCAUUGCACAGGAUCAGUCGGCCAAUACGCUGGAGGAUGAGCUGCUCGCGACGGCGGCGCAAACGCAGAGCAAAUUCUUUAGCGUUGAGCGUGUUACGUAUUUGUGCGAGAAAAUUGUAACACAUUACUUUCUGUUGACGGCCGAGGAGCUGGCGGAAUGGCAACAGGAUCCAGAGAGCUAUGGCCAGGAUGAUGGCGGCGGCGACGCCUGGAAAUAUGAGCUGCGUCCCUGCGUCGAGACGCUAUACUUCACCUGCUUUACCCAACACUCGAAUGUCAUGAUCAACGAGGUGCUCAAGUUCGUGCGGCGUGCCCAGCAGCUGCAGCUGACGGAGAGCUCCGAACUGAAGGCCAUACUGCUGAAGGAUGCCAUCUAUAAUGCCGUCGGCCAGGCCUCAUUUCACUUCUUCAACAAACUGGACUUUGGCUCCUGGCUGACCUCACAGCUGCUCGCCGAGCUGCGCAUGGAGGCGUCCAAUUUUCGCAUUCUGCGGCGUCGCAUCAUUUGGCUCGUCGGGCAUUGGGUCGGCGUGCAGCUGCCACGCGAGCUUCGUCCGCUGGCCUAUGAGGCGUGCCUGCAUCUGCUACGUCCCGAGGAGGAUAUGCCCAUACGUUUGGCUGCAGCGCGCACCCUGAAUCUGCUUAUCGACGAUUUUGAGUUCAUGCCGGAGGCGUUUCAUCCCUAUUUUGCUGCCCUGUUCGAGGCGCUGUUCCUGCUGCUCCGCGAGGCAGGCGCCUGCGACACCAAAAUCGUUGUCCUGGGCACCAUGACGCUGCUGGUGGAAAAGAUGAGCGAGUUCAUCGAACCGCAGGCCUUGCAAUUCAUCGCCUAUCUGCCUCUGCUGUGGCGUGAGAGCGAAGAGCACGAGUAUAAUAUGCUGCGCUGUGCCAUCAUUGGCACCUUAGAGCAGCUUGUGCGCACCAUUCGCGAUGUGCCCGAGAGCAUGAAGCCCUUCCUCUAUAGCGUCAUCGAGCUGAGCACCGAUCUGCAGCAACGCUCACACGUUUACCUCAUCGAGGAUGGAAUCAUGCUGUGGCUGGCGGUAAUUGGCAACUCGACGGCGUUGACACCGGAGCUGCUGCAGCUCUGUGAUCAUCUGUUGCCCAUAAUUGAGAUGUCGUCGGAGAAUCUGCGCACGGUGCUGCAGCUGAUACACGCCUACAUACUGCUCGAUGCCCAUGCCUACCUGAGUCGUUACGGCGAGGGCUUUGUGGCGUAUUGUGUGCGCUCCUUUGAGGAUAUACGCACGGAGGGCAUCAUAGCCAUGCUGCGCAUCUUCGAGACAUGCCUCAAGACGGAUGCCACAAUGGGCUUGCGCCUGGUGCGACCCGCCUUGCCGUUCGUCUUCCAGCAGGUGUGCCUCAAACAGGAAUAUCCGAUGACCAUGAGCUGGUAUCUGACACUGUUGGCGCGAACCUUGCUCAUCGAUCAGUCGGUGUUCAUGUCUGUUGUGCAGGAGCUACCACAAACGGAUGCACUGGCUCGCAUAUUGGAUGUGUGGAUUGAGAUGUUUCCAUUGGUCGCCGAUACGCAUGCCGAGAAACGGAAACUCUUUUGUCUCGCCUUUGCCUCCAUAUUUGGCAAUAAUGAGCUGCUGCUGGCGCGCCUGCCGCACAUACUGCAGCUGGUGGAGGAGACGCUCGGCGAGGUGAUGGACAAGCAAUAUGCGGCAACAGAUGAGGGCGCUGACAAGGCGACGCCGCGCUAUUACGACUCGCUGGUCAUACACGACGAGCACGAGCUGGAGGAGUUUCAGCCGCAGCUAUACGAUGACUUCCAUUCAAAGACCUACCACGACGACAGGCAUCGCCAGCUGGUGCUAAAGGAUCCCGUUUAUAAGAUACCACUAACCGAAUACCUCAAAUGGCAGCUGCAGCAUCUCCAGACCCAACUGGGCGCCGCACGCUACGAUCAGCUGAUGCGCGCCGUUUGCCCCGAGGUUCUCGAAAAGAUAAACAUGUACAUAGAGCAGACGGUGCCCAAGGCGUGCGGCGUUUGUGCGGGCAGCGGCGAUGAUAGCGAGCCACCGUUGCCCGAUGGUGGUGCCAGCGCCCGCACCGCGCUCGACUGAUGGAGCAACUGCAGCAGCAGCCGCAUUAACACCAACCAGGCCGGCGCCGUUCAUAGCUGUGCUUCAAAAGCUUUCAAAACAGUCUUUAAGUUA